CUUGCCCCGACGUUUCGAAUGAUGUCUAUUGCAUCUCCGACAGCGUCCGCUCUUUGUACGCAAGCUAUAUAGAACCAUAGGUCGCCUCUUCAAUGACUACAGUUCACUUGCGGUGGUCCCGUCUGAUACAGGAUCGAGACGCGUUAUGGCUCCUGUUCUUGAACUUGGAUCUAUCCUCAAUGAGACGUUAGGUGCCAUCGUUAUAGGUGGCUUCGUCAACUCCAUUCUAUAUGGGAUUUUAGUUCUGCAGACUUAUAUUUUCCUCCUGCAAAUGCGAAAGGACAAACUCCUUCUACGACUCUCUGUUUGGACUCUCUUCAUCAUGAACACGCUUCAUCUGAUCUGCAUAAUACAUGCGCUCUACUUCUACACAGUCACAAACUUCGCGGACUUCUCUGUGCUAUUAUCCAUUAUUCCCUGGAGUGGCCCGAUGGUAAUCCUACUCACGACAACAACAGCAGUGCUUGUACAGGCCUGGUUUAUAUUCCGCGUCUGGAAGCUAAGCGACGGGAAUACUCUGCUUGUCGCCAGCCUGAUCAUCGGCUGUGUUAUAGUCCUCGGUUGGACCGACUUCACAGGUGUCGCCACUGCACUUAGUGUUAAAUUGUUCCAACUCAGCACGUUUAUUGGAUUCGCUAAUGUCGGCUGGCUCUUCUUCUUUGCACUCGGAACCAACAUCGUCGAGGACCUCGUCAUUGCGAUCGCGUUGUGCUUCUACAUCCAUCGGAUGAGGUCGCACAUCCUUCGGUAUGUCUCUUUCCACGUACUCAUACCUCCUAUCCUUGCCGAGUCAAUACUCAGGUCGUCGUCGGUCGUGAAUAUUUUGAUGGUGUACAUGGUGAACACGGGUCUCUUAACAAGCCUCCUCUGCGUUGCAAUCGUGAUCACCCGAGCGUGUUGGCCAGACACGUUCAUCUUCUUCGGCUUGUCCCUCCCCCUUAGUAACCUCUACUCGAACGCGCUUCUUGGCUCCUUGAACGCGCGAGACUGGUUCCAGAACAGUUUCCAGAAGGCGGCUCAGGCAAUCACAAUCCGGUUGGCCAACUCGAGCGAGGGAAGCGAGGUCGCCACUCCGUCGCUGCCGACAACGACUGCUGCCGUCCCGCAGCUGAGCGGUUCGUGCGGCAGUGAAUCAGCUUGAGCACCUCGAGGCCAGCGCCUGGUCGAGGACCCAUGCCAUGUAGACCCAGUCGCACGAGCCAUAAAGCGUGGCAGAUAUCUAUGGUGGCAUGUAAAGAUACAAUUUGAGGACAAUGUACUGUACUACUCUACGCGACAAGACGAAGGGUAUCGGCGGGAUAACUAACCAACUAACCAACUAACUAACCAACUAACUAACUACUACUACUACUAAUACUACUAGGAGGAGGCGGAAAGGAUUGGACGAGAGGUCAUCGCGGUCGUUACCGGUGAGUAUUACGCAUGGAGAAGGAGUGUGAGUGAUAGUGGAAAAUGAUGGUGCGAUGUAAAGUUGCGAUGUCGAUGUACACGUGAAUAGAGAAUUACACUUGAUGUAUGCCUCGUUCGUCUCAACUCAACGACGCGCAAUACGCUUGCGCUCGCGUCCCUCCUCCUCAACGUCCAUGGCUUCCGGGGACUGCGACAUGUUCUGGUCCUGGCUUUCGCGCGGCGUGUUCAGCGUCCCGGCACGGGACGUUCGCACCCGUCGUCUCGGUGCUGCGCCGGACGGAGGCGGUGUGGACGGGCCCGUGGACUCUGCCACCAUAACAGCAUGCCUACGUUUCGUGCCAGUUGACUCGGGAACAGAGGGGGGUGUCAUCGUUGCGAAAUUUAACUCUGGCGGCGGGGGGAUGAUGGCAACCGUUGUAUCACCGGCACUUGGUAGGAGUGUAGCAGACAAAGGAGCGGCGGGGGAGACCAUAGAUUCCUUCGGGUUCGCGUUGGUCACCGAAAAAAGGCGCGAUCUUGAUGAACGAUGGACUAGGGAUUGUGGCUGGAGGGAGCGAUAUGUGGAUGUCGGGGACGGUGGGGUCGAUGCAGGGCGCGCAAGUGCGGAGGUGGACGUGAGUAGAGACGGUGUCAAAGGGGUCAUCGGUGCAGAGGAUACCUGAAGCAAUACCCAUAAGUGAUAGAGAACACCAGAAAAAAGCUCAAUACUCACAUUAUUGUCCCUCGAUCUGGCGGACGCGGCAGCUGUCUUCAGCACGUUCAGGGUGCUAGACGGCGCCUUGUUUGAGGCGGAUGCAAGGUUUCGCUCCCGCUCUCGCUCACGAUCCUUCUCUUCGUCUUCAUCUUCUUCCUCCUCCCUGGAUUUAAUGGCAUCCAAUCUCGCUUCGAUGUAGUCCAUAAUCCGACCAAUGGUCAUGCUGCUGCCGGUCGGAUCGCUUGACUCGUCUGCAGAGACCCCUUGUUGGAUCAUCAUCAGCAGGUCUUGGCAUGCCGCCGCAUAUCCCGCGUUGUAUGCGCGUUUAGAAGUCCUUCGUGAGGACUUGUAAAGCGUGGUGAUACUGAGCGCGGCCGCUGCAGCGUGGAGUCAGAACAGGGCGAAAUACCGCAGAAGUACAAAACUUACCUCUAAACUUGUCUGCAAGAUCUUUCUCAGCAUUGGCCAAGUUCGACGUCGGCAGUGAGUUGACAAGAUUAUUAAGGUUCAGCGAUUCCAUGCUGGUUGUGGUCGUCGACGGCGGUGAGGUGCGAGCCCCAUAAGCGCUC